CAAAUGGGCUUGGGCGGCUCCUCGGCGGGUGGCGGUGGUGGCCGUAGCGGUUCCAUCUGGCCCUGUUAAUGUCGGGGCCAGGCCCGGGGAGGAUGGCGCCCUAGAGCCCGGCCUCUUUGGGGAAGGGGCGGGAGGGGACGGGGUGGGCACCGGCCAUGUCGGAGGUGACCCGGAGUCUGCUGCAGCGCUGGGGCGCCAGUUUUAGGAGGGGCGCCGACUUCGACUCUUGGGGCCAGCUGGUGGAGGCGAUAGACGAGUAUCAGAUAUUAGCAAGACAUCUACAAAAAGAGGCCCAAGCUCAACACAAUAAUUCUGAAUUCACAGAAGAACAAAAGAAAACCAUAGGCAAAAUUGCAACAUGCUUGGAAUUACGAAGUGCAGCUUUACAGUCCACACAGUCUCAAGAAGAAUUUAAACUGGAGGACCUGAAGAAGCUAGAACCAAUCCUCAAGAAUAUUCUUACAUAUAACAAAGAAUUCCCAUUUGAUGUUCAGCCUGUCCCCUUAAGAAGAAUCUUAGCACCUGGUGAAGAAGAGAAUCUGGAAUUCGAAGAUGAAGAAGAAGAGGGCGGCGCGGGAGCAGGGUCUCCCGACUCCUUUCCUGCUCGAGUGCCCGGUACUUUAUUGCCCAGGCUGCCGUCAGAACCAGGAAUGACGUUACUCACGAUCAGAAUUGAGAAAAUUGGUCUGAAGGACGCGGGGCAGUGCAUCGAUCCGUAUAUUACCGUUAGUGUAAAGGAUCUGAAUGGCAUAGACCUAACUCCCGUGCAAGAUACUCCCGUGGCUUCCAGGAAAGAAGAUACGUAUGUUCAUUUUAACGUGGACAUUGAGCUCCAGAAGCAUGUUGAGAAAUUAACCAAAGGUGCAGCUAUCUUCUUUGAGUUCAAACACUACAAGCCUAAAAAAAGGUUCACCAGCACCAAGUGCUUUGCUUUCAUGGAGAUGGAUGAGAUUAAAGCGGGGCCGAUUGUAAUAGAACUAUACAAGAAACCCACUGACUUUAAAAGAAAGAAAUUGCAGUUAUUGACCAAGAAACCACUUUAUCUUCAUCUACAUCAGACUUUGCACAAGGAAUGAUCCUGCCGUGGGUAACCUGGACCGUCUGUGAGCCCCGCCCCCCAGCAGAACCCACCCUAGCUCCGUGUGGCCCAGCCCCCUCCGCCAGGCAGGAAGCAGGCCGCGCCCACGCUGCCAGUCAAAGUGAGUCUGCACAGUUCCGGUCCGGCUCGCCGCCUGCAUAGACGACUCCUUUGGAUACAGGCUUCCUGUAGUUUUGAAACCUGUUUUUACUUUUCUAGUGUUUGUGCCGUUCGUAGUCCCUCUUCUACCUUACCACUGUUCCUGCCCUGCUUCCUGGAACAGCACUGCUGUGGUAGGAGGUGCUCAUCUUCACAGUUAAUACAGCAAUAAGAUUGUGCUAGAGUUUACACAUCCGUUCCCUUCUGCUCCGGGAGGCUUUUUUGGUUUGAGUUAACGCCGGACUUUGGGCUGACGUGGGUGGGAAAGUGUGGAACUGCCCUGAGAGGAAUCGGACCGGUUUUGCCGCCCAGGGAGGUUGCCCAGGAGAUGGAUGGGCGGCUCCUCAGACGUGGCCCGAAUUCACCCUGAUCCCUAGUCCUCCUGUUUAGAAAUCGUGUGCCUUGGCCAGAUCAGCCUCCCACACGGGGGUGUUCCCAGGUCGUAGCCGGAAUGUUCCAGAUGACCGGAUUGUUGCGGGGAGCGGGCGUCUGCUGUCCUGUUGGUUAGCGGCCCUUCUCCGUCCCACGCACCGUUGCUCGUUCGGAGAGGGAUCCCGGGGGGAACGGCGGGGCGCCUCUGAGCCGCCAAAGGUGUUUGGAUGGCUUGAUCACCUCGUCUGCGUCACGUGAAUCUGAGUCCGAUGCUAAGGAGAUACUGCAGGAAUAACUGCUGUUUUUCUGACAAACUGAUUGUGAAACCUUAAAGCCUGCACCCCUCUCCUCAGAGUGGGGAGCGUGCAAAAACCUGGAGCUCCUCUGUGGUUUUCUUCUUGUAGGUAGAUAGGACUGCCAUUUAUUUCCUAGGUAUAUCGACUCUCAUCCAUAUGGAAAUAUGCAGGUCAUGAGCUUAUUAUAAUUUGACUAUUUACAUUAUUUUUGACUUACUGGGGCAUAAAUAAAACUUCCAGAGUACACCCGAGGUAGAUAUUUGAUACAUAGAACAUUAAGGUUUGGGGUGGGCUUUCUGUGGGUUAGAUUUAGAACCCACAUAUUUAAUAGUCACUAUUUUUAAAUGCCCAAUGCUAGCAUGAGGGUCCGUGGCCUAUUUUUAAACUAGCAUAAUAAUCCUAGGCAUACCUUCAGUGUUUGCUUUUUAAAAUAAGUAGCCAGAAUUAAGUGUUCUAGCUCUUGCACUUCAAAGAAAGCUGGUCUUUACCUUCAGUUGUUGUCUGUCAGUUGUUUUAAGAGGGAUUUUAUAAACUUUGAGCCUGGAAGAAUUCUACCAAAUCAGUCUUAUCUCUUGUCCUGAUUAGAUUAAUCCCAAAAUGAUUUAGCCCAGCAUAGCUCAAGGGGAAGAAUUUGCCUUAAUAAGUUACCUUGCUGUUCCCUCAACCCUCGGACCGGGAGCAGUCAGCCCCCAGACCGACAGCUCCCCCAGGAGCAAGAACCACAUUAACCACAUUUUCUUCAAGUCGUGUAAACGGCCUGAGGGGCUGGACAGCACGCCGUAUCUAGUCCCUUCUGUUUGAUGUUGCUGACGAGACCGAAAAAAUAAUCCCUUAAGUACCUACUAUUAAAAUGUAGCAAAACUGA